CCAGAGCGCGGCCCUGUCGCUGCCGCGGUCGGAGGCGCAGCCGUGCCCCGGCCCGACGCGGGGCCGCCGUCUCGCCCGUCACAGGCGGCCCGGCCCGGCGGCCAGCGCGGGGCUCAUGGCCCAGAAAGUUUUUUAACCUUGAUCUUGGAGCUCUUCAAGACAUCAAAGCUCCACCAGUUUUCUUGUCAUCUUAUUGCAGACAUUAAUUACCAGUUCUAGGUCCAAUGAUUAGUUCUGUGACAAGACAGCAUGACACUUUGAGUAUGACAGAAGCCCUGAUGCUGCAGCAGAGGCUGGGAGUAUUAAUGGCCAAAUCUAGAGAUCAGAUGGUCUUCUAAAGAAGUCAUGGGUAGCUGUUGUAGCUGUCCAGAUAAAGAAACUGUCCCAGAUAACCAACGAAACAAGUUUAAGGUUAUUAAUGUGGAUGAUGAUGGUAAUGAACUGGGUUCUGGCAUAAUGGAACUUACAGAUACAGAACUAAUUUUGUACACCCGUAAAAGGGACUCUGUAAAAUGGCACUACCUCUGUCUCCGUCGCUAUGGCUAUGACUCAAAUCUUUUCUCUUUUGAAAGCGGUCGAAGGUGUCAAACUGGACAAGGAAUCUUUGCCUUUAAGUGUGCCCGGGCAGAAGAGCUGUUUAACAUGUUACAAGAGAUAAUGCAGAAUAAUAGCAUAAAUGUGGUAGAAGAACCAGUAGUAGAAAGGAAUAAUCAUCAAACUGAUUUGGAAGUACCAAGAACCCCUCGAACACCUACCACUCCUGGGUUCAAUGCACAAAGUUUACCCAAUGGCUAUCCCAGAUACCCGUCUUUUGGAGAUGCUUCAUCACACCCUUCCAGCAGACAUCCUUCUGUCGGCAGCGCACGCCUCCCCUCUGUCGGUGAAGAAUCAACACAUCCUUUACUUGUAGCAGAGGAGCAAGUGCACACUUACGUAAACACUACUGGAGUACAAGAGGAAAGAAAAAGUCGAUCAAGUGUGCAUGUGCCACUGGAAUCAAAGCUUUCAAACACUGAAACAACUAAAGUGAAAGAAGAUCAGAUGUGUACUGAUGACAGAGAUGCUCAGGUUCUCCUGGAGCCUGAAGGAGUGAAGUUUGUUUUAGGACCAACACCUGUUCAAAGGCAGUUAAUGGAAAGAGAGAAACUGGAACAACUUGGGAGAGAUCAAGUUAGUGGCAGCAGCACAAACAACACUGAAUGGGACACUGGGUACGACAGUGAUGAACGUAGAGAGACACCAUCUGGUAACAAAUUGGUGUAUGAAAAUAUAAAUAGGUUAUCAAUCCCUAGUGCCUCAGGGGUCAGGAGAGGUCGCUUGACAUCAACCAGUACCUCAGACACCCAGAACAUUAACAACUCUGCUCAGAGAAGAACUGCGCUGCUGAACUACGAGAACUUGCCAUCCUUGCCUCCUGUUUGGGAAGCCCGCAAGCUGAGCAGAGAUGAAGAUGACAGUUUAGGACCAAAGACUCCGUCUCUGAAUGGCUACCACAAUAACCUAGAUCUGAUGCAUAACUAUGUCAAUACAGAGAAUGUAACAGUACCAGCAAGUGCUCAUAAAGUAGAAUUUACACGACGUCGGGACUGUACCCCAACAGUCUUUAACUUUGACAUUAGGCGUCCAAGUUUAGAACACAGGCAGCUCAACUAUAUACAGGUUGACUUGGAAGGUGGUAGUGACUCUGACAACCCUCAGACUCCAAAAACCCCCACCACUCCACUUCCGCAAACUCCAACCAGGCGCACAGAGCUGUAUGCUGUGAUAGACAUUGAAAGAACUGCUGCUAUGUCAAGCUUGCAAAAAGCACUGCCCCGAGAUGAUGGUACUUCUAGGAAAACUAGACAUAACAGUACUGAUCUGCCUAUGUGAGCCUGGGGAGCAUUGAAUCAUUUGCACCUUUUGUGAAGUUUAUAAAAUUGAAGAUGCGAGUACUUUGCAUUUCUUAACACUAACGCCUUUUAUAGACUAACAGAACUUUUUCUGCAUACUUCAUGUACUUGUCUUACUAAAGGGAAUUAAUGUAGAGCAAGUAUUCAUUUUAGGUAACACUAUUUCAUUCUACAGUCGAAGUAAUUACUGCACAGCAGCAUCACCACCUUUCACAGUGCCUCUUUAAUUGAUUAGAGUCUGAGUGACAUGUCAGUUAUGAAUUUAUAAAUAUUCUGGUCUGGUGCCUAUACUCGUUAAUGGCAUUUAUAACACUUUUUAAAGCCUCUUGAUAUGUGCAUUAUUAGCAGGUAAACCUAAUCUUUCAAUAUACAUACCUGACAUUCAUUCCUCGUUGAAGUGGUUCCUCCAGAAUUAAAUGUGUGUAAUGCAUUAAUUCACUCAGUUUGACAUACACAAGAUAUAUUGGUUCAUCUCAAGGAAUAUAAACACCACACCUUUUUUGUCUACGGGCAAGAAGGCCUCUAAUUCCUGACAGUUUUCUUGACACAUUGAUGGUUGUUGAUCAGAGCUAUAAACACAUCAAAAAACAGCUUUAAGCUCCUUCCGUUAAAAUAGAAUUCCAAGUGACAUAUCAAAUUCCCUCUGAAAUCUGACAAAAUUUUAAUCUCAUCAAAGUUUUGGGGUUUUUUGUGAAGGAAUUCACAGGUGGGCUGUUUGAAUUAAGGCUCUCUUGUUAUUUCUUAGUUCAGUGUGCCUUCUUUUCUUUGCAUUUGUGUGUUCCCUUUUUAUUUGUUCCAUAAUGUCUUGUUUUAAAAGUCAAAGUAAUGUACAUAGCUUUAAUUGUUCAGGGUCAUCUAUGUAUUUGUCUUACUCUCUGCAUUUGACAAAGCAAGACUCUUGAAGGUCAAAUGGUUGUCUUCGUCCAGUGUUCUACUUUUUUAUGCCUGACAGAAAUAUUCCAGCUCUCCAGCAGCAUGCAUUAUUGCACAACUGGAAAGGUUUAUUAUGCAGUUAUUGUCUUCCUCUAAAGCAUCAAACACAGGUUACACGGGAGGCAGGGUACUGGACUUGAUAGUUCUUUAUAGAAAGUUGUAUGUUCUAGCAAUGUGCAUCCAUAGGUGAUAGUGUACUUUAAUUUAAAAAGAUACAUAGUAAAUUAUCUGAAGGUAGUAUUAUCUAUGAGCAUACUUGUUUUCCUUUUGCAGUUGGUGAAUUUGGUUACAGUGAUGGCUGCUCAGUGUUACAGGUACAUCCAGGUAGAAUGUUUGUUGAAUAUGCCGGAGGCACCCUUAGAAGUUUUUUUUUGUUUUAUUUUGUUUAUUAAUACUCUGAAUAAUGUUAGAAUUCUGGAAGUAUUGCAGGUGCACCUUGGUACUAGCAGCAGAAAAGAUUGCUCUUGAGCCUGUGAUUGCAAAGGAACUGACACUUGUGUGAACUGGUGUGAUGUAAAAUAACCCUUGAACUGUGAGGAAAAACAUGCAAGAAAAGCCAUUUGGAGAUCUGAAAAAGCAUUAAGGGUCUCCAUGCAAUAUUUGAAUUGAAGUUUUAUAGAUACCAAACUGCAACUAUUUUCUGUCUCUUAAAUUGGUGUGUAUUUCUGUUCCUACAACUUUUUUCUUUGGUCUUCUCUCAUUUAGUAGUGGCAGCAGUAGUAGCACCUGAAAUAUAUGUCUCUUGCUGUACUGUUAGGUGGUAGCAGACCACCUUUUCACUCUGGCUUUCAUUAUUCUUUACAGACUGUAUGGUACUGAAAUACCAGAUGGACAAAGAACAUAAUUUGCUGAAGUAAAAAAUGGGAGUCAUUGAGACCAUUGUGAGGAACUUAAAAGAGAUAUUUAAAAGAAACAAACCUUAUUAAUUAUUUCAUGGUCAGCCUCUGCAUACUCUUGGAUAGACUCACUGACUUUUGAGGAGACCUUGGUACUCAAGAAGGUAAAGACUACCUAGAGCUAGGCAUUUUAAGGGUUACAGACAGGUGGGAAUUGUUCUCUUCUCCCAGUCAGCCAGCGACAGGACAAGAGGACAUAUGCUUAAGCUGUGCCAGGUAGAUGUUAGCAAGAAAUUCUUUAUAGAAAGGCUGAUUAGACAUUGGAAUGGGCUGCUCAGGGAGGUGGUAGAGUCCCUGUCCCUGGAGAUGUUCAAGGAAAGACUGGACAUGGCAGUUGGUGCUGUGGUCUGGUUGACAAGGUGGUGUUUGGUCAUAGGUUGGCUUCAGUGAUCUCAGAGGUCUUACACAAGUCUCCUGACUCUGUGAUUCUGUAACUACUCCGUCACAUCUUUGCCGUUGCCUCACCUUAUGGACCUCCUGGUCCAUACUGAAGAGAAAUUGCCAUGUAUUGCAAAAUACUUACUGGAUUAAUAAUAUUGGUGUGAUUCUUGUUCUUAGCAUAUAGCUCACUUAAAUUUGUGAGCUGAACUAACGCUUCAGCAUGUGUUUUGAGGCAAGCCUGUUUUGAUCUAGCUAGCUGCUUGGAAAUAUAUGGUCCUCAUCUGUAUAGUUUGGACUAAUUAACUGGACCCAUAAAACACACCUGUGAGGCAGGGAAGUAAUAAUAUUGUUAACUACUAAAUAGGGAAGCAGAGGCUUUGGCUAGAUCAUAAGUGACCUGCUGAAAUUUCAACAACCAGCCAUAUCCCUCCUUAGUUCUGGUACUCUCUUAUGCAUUUAUUCUGAAUAGUCUCAGAUAGAAAGAAUGGUCUGAGAAAAUUUUUUUACAUUGUUGCAAGUUUCACAAUGUUUUCUUAGCUCUGGUCCCCAGAAUUGAGAACAUACUGAAAUUUCAACUGUCUGUAGCCUUAAUUAUAUUAACAAGUCUGUUGACAUAUUUUCCAGGACUACUUUUUUAACCUGUUACAUUUUACAAGUGGGAUAAUGCUUUCUCGUUUUGUGUACGCUACAAACAUGCUGGGUAGUCCCUGUCACCCAGACUACUAAUUUUUAGCAUUCCUUAUUUUCUACCCCUUGAAGUAGAUACAGUUGCAAUGCACUUUACCCUUUGAGACUUGGUAAAUAUUUUUUCAAUUCAGUCUCUUUUAAAGGCUGUGAUGUUAGAUUUAGUGUCUGUAAUCUAGGAUUC